AUGGCGCCGGGAAGCGCACAGCCGCGCUCUGCCAAGGGGCUCGGCCUGGCGCCCAGGCAGCGUGCACAGGUCUCCUUGCAGCCCGAGCCGCGGAACCACCAAUGCUCCGGGGCAGCCGGCAGCUCCCAGAAACUACAGCCCACCAAGGCAGAGAGACACCUCCCAGAGCAGCGAGCGUGCACCCGCAGUCCGCGCCUCCUACCUGUGCCUUUCCAAGCAAAGCGCACCCUGGGAGCCCUCCCAGAGCUCGCAGCCCCGAGCCUCCAGGGGCCACCGGAAAGCUCGGUCCCGCCUCCAGACCGGAGAGCCACUUGGCAGGGAGGGAGUGGCGUUGAGCUGGGGCUGGAGGCGUGGGCUGGCCCAAGAAACCGCCUCAGGGAAUCUCUCGGUGCGCGUUUUGCCCUAGGUUACGCCCCAGUGCUCCUAUCCUGCCGAUUCAGCAUGAUCAAUGUCAAGAUCACUUCCGGUCCCCUGUACCUUGGAGCAUCCCAGAGGAGCCCCAAAAGGAGAGAAAAGCACGAAGGAGUUAGAGAGGCAAGCGCUACAGUCCAGCUCGCGAUCCACCUGUCCGCCUUUGGCCAGGGCUUCGAGCUGCGCCUGGCGCCCGACGCCAGCUUCCUGGCGCCCGAGCUCAAGAUCGAGCGCCUCGGGGGCUCCGGCGGGGCGGCCCGGGCCGAGCGCGGGCUGCGCGGCUGCUUCUUCUCCGGUACGGUGAACCGGGAGCCCGCGUCGCUGGCGGCCGUCAGCCUGUGCCGCGGGCUGCGCGGCUCCUUCCUGGUGGGCGGCGAGGAGUUCACCGUCCAGCCGCAGGGCGCGGGCGACUCCCUGGACCAGCCGCACCUCCUGCGGCGCUGGGGCCCCGCGGCCAGCGAGGGGCUGGAGAGAGAAGACGACGAGCCAGAGGAGGGCGACGAAGAGGAGGACAGCAGGGAGGCAGGCGGCGCCCGCGAACUGCCGUCAACCUCGGGGCCCACGAGCAGGACCAGGCGGUCCGUGUCUGAGGCUCGCUUCGUGGAAACGCUGGUGGUGGCCGACGCGUCCAUGGCUGCCCUCUACAGCGCAGACCUGCAGAACCACAUCCUGACCUUGAUGUCCGUGGCAGCCCGCAUCUACAAGCACCCCAGCAUUCAGAAUGCCAUCAACCUUGUUGUGGUGAAAGUGCUUAUAGUGGAAGAUGAAAAGUGGGGCCCAGAGGUGUCAGACAACGGCGGGCUCACACUGCGCAAUUUCUGCAGCUGGCAGCGGCCCUUCAACAAGCCCAGCGACCGCCACCCAGAGCACUAUGACACAGCCAUCCUGCUUACAAGACAGGACUUCUGUGGGAAUGACGGGCACUGCAACACCCUAGGUAUGGCAGACAUUGGCACGAUCUGUGACCCCAGCAUGAGCUGCUCCGUGAUCAAAGACGAGGGCCUGCAGGCAGCCUACACCAUGGCCCAUGAGCUAGGGCACGUUCUCAGCAUGCCCCAUGAUGACUCCAAGCCCUGCGUGCGGCAAUUUGGGCCCAUGGAAAAGCACCACAUGAUGGCGCCACUCUUUAUUCACUUGAACAAGACUCUGCCCUGGUCUCCCUGCAGUGCCAUGUACCUCACUGAGCUCCUGGACGAUGGCCACGGGGACUGUCUCCUGGACCCCCCUACCUCGGCCCUGCCCUUCCCCACGGACCUCCCAGGCCGCAGGGCCCUCUAUGACCUGGACCAACAGUGCAAGCAGAUCUUUGGGCCAGGUUACCGCCACUGCCCCAACACCUCUGAGCAGGACACAUGUGCUCAGCUCUGGUGCCAAAUGGAUGGUGAUGAGGGUGUCUGCCACACAAGGAAUGGCAGCCUGCACUGGGCUGAUGGCACUCCCUGUGGACCGGGGCGCUUGUGCUUGGAUGGCAGCUGUCUGCCAGAAGAGGAAGUGGAGAGGUCCAAGGCAGUGGUGGAUGGCGGCUGGACCCAGUGGGGACCCUGGGGAGAAUGUUCCCGGACCUGUGGAGGAGGAAUACAGUUUUCAUACCGUGAAUGCAAAGAUCCCCAGCCUCAGAAUGGAGGAAAGUACUGCCUGGGUCAGAGAGCCAAGUACCAGUCAUGCAACACGGAGGAGUGCCCCCCUGAUGAUUUGGCUACAAUGACAUUAUCACCAUCCCAGCUGGUGCCACGAACAUUGAUGUAAAACAACGGAGCCACCCAGGGAUUCAGAAUGAUGGCAACUACCUGGCUCUGAAGACUGCUGAUGGGCGGUAUCUGCUCAAUGGCAACCUGGCCAUCUCUGCCACCGAGCAGGAUAUCCUAGUGAAUGGGACCAUCCUAAAGUACAGUGGCUCUAUGGCCUCCCUAGAGCGGCUACAGAGCUUCCGGCCCCUAUCAGAGCCUCUGACUGUGCAGCUCUUGACUGUCCCUAGUGAGCUGCCCUCCCCCAGAGUCAAAUAUACUUUCUUUGUUCCAAACGACAUGGACUUUGGCAUACAGAGCAGCAAAGAGAGAACAACCCCCAACAUCAUCCAGCCACUGCUCCUCAUGCAGUGAGCUGGGGACUGGUCUGAGUGCUUCAGCACCAACAGAGCUGUCUGGCAGCUGCAAACAGUAGAAAGCAGAGACCACUCGGGCCAGGCCUCUGUUACCUGCAACAGGGCUCUGCGACCAGAGCAUCCCAAGCCCUGGGGAAGCCAGCAGUGUCCCCGAUGAUCCCAUGGCAAGGGAGGGUCUUGUGCUCAUGAACUUGAGGUAAUGGGGUAUAGACAGGGUCCCUUUUUUCAUGACCCAUAUAUCAAGGUAGCAUACCUGCCCAGGCCUCCUACCACAGGCCCUUGGGUGCUGCCUAAUUCAUAAGGGGAGGAAAAAAGGGGAUGGGACAGCAGAUUGAAAAUCAACUGCCUACUGGACUAGAACUUGCUCGGGUUCAAGUAGAAGGCAUAUGUUAAAAAGUAAAAUGCACUUAUUGACCCAAGUGGGAGACUCAGAGCCAGCCUGUUUGAAAGGACUCACAAGGCUAAAUGAAAAAAAAAAAUUUUUUCUAUUUGGUUUCCCUGAUAAAUAAUCUACCUCAGAGGGGAGAAAAAUAGUUCAAGAAAGAUAUGGGGAAGGGAGUCAAUGGUGAGUGUCAAGCAAGCCCCUCAGCUGUGCCCCAGGGGUCUUUGGGAAUGGCCACAACUGUCUUCAGUGUUAAAAUCCAUCACUUAAAAGGCUGCAACAUCCAUCACAAGGUUGUGGAGAGCCACAUGUUCUCAGGCCGCCACCUGCUGGGGUGGACCCAUUUCAAGUAUUUAUGUAAAUGUGUCUCUGAACUAAAGUGUGAUCUUG